GAUAAAGAGGCACUUUCUCCAGAGCAUUAGUUUGAUGGCAGAGAUCGCACACUGAAGGAUAACUUCUCUUCAAAGAUGAUGGAAAUUAUACCAACAGUCUCUGCCACCUUAGUUGUUGGUUGGCUUGUACUUUUCAUGGGCGUGAACUCGGUCGAUAUCUCACUGGUGGAGUUCCCCAAUGAAAGCACAGAUGCCAUGACUCCACACCCUUUAACUGCAAUUAUCAUGGACCUUAGAAUCACUAACCGGACUUACAAUGACUCACUGGCUGACCAGCAAUCAGUAGAGUAUACAAUACUCAGGCGAGAGGUGGAGGAACUGUUGAAUGAGGUCUAUGACCCCACUCCUCUGACAUAUUUGGGGACGAAUGAGAUGACAUUCAGUUUUGGGUCUGUGGUCGCCAGCUCUCGACUGUUGUUUGGGACGGCCAUGCUUAAUCCAGUGCUCGUGAGAAGCAUCUUUUUGUCUGCGUACAAGCAAAUUCCAUCUGCAACAUUAGAGAUUGACCUUGGCUACAUUGAAAAUGAACUACCAGUUCAAGAACCAUUGGAAGAACAGGAGCCCACCAGCAGACCACCAUCAACACCACAGAAAGAAAAACCCAUGGCCAUGCCCCUCACUUCCACUCCUGACAUCAGAACAAAUGCUGCAUCCCUCGCCAGUCACCAUCCAAUCACAUACACACCCAACAUGAACACCUCCUUUCUGUUGAGCUCCAGUGCUGAUGUCAAAAACACCACACCCUCUUUCCUCUCCUCCAUCUCACCGAGCCCCACCUCCACACGCCUUAACAACACUACAAUGCACCCAAACACCACUCACUUACCAAUGAGCAAUACAAGCUUCAUCUUUGCAGCCCAGAAUGACACCACCGUGACAACUCCCAAUGAAAGCACCUCUGCAGUCUUCAACAGCUCCACCACUGCAGCCCCAAAUGGCACCAUCAUUGCAGCCCCCUAUGACAUCACCACUGCAUCCUUUAACAGCACCACCACUGCAGCCCCAAAUGGCACCACCAUUGCAGCCUCCAAAGACAUCAACACAGCAUCCUUUAACAGCACCACCACUGCAGCCCCAAAUGGCACCACCAUUGCAGCUCCCAAUGACAUCACCACUGCAUCCUUUAAUAGCACCACCACUGCAGCCCCAAAUGGCACCACCAUUGCAGAUCCCAAUGACAUCACCACUGCAUCCUUCAACAACACCACCACUGCAGCCCCAAAUGGCACCCCCAAUGAAGCUCCCAAUGACAUCACCACUGCAUCCUUUAAUAGCACCACCACUGCAGCCCCAAAUGGCACCACCAUUGCAGAUCCCAAUGACAUCACCACUGCAUCCUUUAACAGCACCACCACUGCAGCUCCAAAUGGCACCACCAUUGCAGCUCCCAAUGACAUCACCACUGCAUCCUUUAACAGCACGACCACUGCAGCCCCAAAUGGCACCACCAUUGCAGCUCCCAAUGACAUCACUGCAUCCUUUAACAGCACCACCACUGCAGCCCCAAAUGGCACCACCACUGCAGCUCCCAAUGACAUCACAACUGCAUCCUUUAACAGCACCACCACUGCAGCCCCAAAUGGAACCACCAUUGCAUUCCCCAACAGCACUACAACUGCAGCUCCCAAUGGCACUACCACUGCACUCAGCAGCAUCCUUCCCUCUAUCGACAGCACAGCUGAUAUGAACUCUACAGUCAGGUCCACUCCAUUUACAACACAACCUCCAAAUACCACAACUGUGAGCCAAUCACUUACCACAGCCACUGCUCUGGUGCCUGGCUGGGUCAUUGCCCUUUUUGUGGUGGCGGCUGUCAGUCUCUUCCUCCUCAUCGUCCUCCUCAUCGGUGUGGUGGUGCUCUGGUGCAAUAAGCCGAAACGGAGAGUUUUCGUGAAUGAACCUGAUGAGUCAAAUCCUCCCAUGUACUUCAAUCCAGAUAUCCCCAUGUUCUCAAUGCACAGCACAUUCCAUACAGCCAAUGGCAAACAAGCAGAUGUCAGAGAAAAACCUCCGAAAAACCGAACAGGAAUGUACGUGGUGAACAAAUGAAGGACACAGGUUCUCUGCCUCCUCCACCAUCAUCCCUCCUGUGUGAAGUUUUGUUGAAAGAAAAACUGUCAUAAAACCAGCACUGCUCUGCAGCAUGCUGAAUGGAGUAGGAUUCACAAAUAUGGUUUUAUAUGCCAAUAAAUACACUCUUUAAAAUGUAUUUUCCUAAACUUCGAACAAGACCUCAGUGUACUUUGAAGCUAUAUACAUUUGUCUUAUAAGAAUGGAUUGAAUGAUGACAAUAAUGUGGUGUAUAAACAGUGAUUUAGUGAAAUUAAAAUGAGUU